AUGCCCGUGCCAGACGGAGUUGUUCGCGUCGAGAAGGCCAAGGGCUAUUCGCUCCACGUCAUGUCGGUCAUGAACUGGGUGCUGCCCGACUCGAUCCUGCACACGUCGGCAAUCCCAGCGUCCAGUGGCGCAAAUGAAGCGGAGGAGGAGGAUGAAGAGGAGCCUCUCAUCACUCUAGGCGUGCACGUGAGCUUGUUCCAUGCCACGUCCAAGCGCUUCUUCGGCAAUACAUGGGUGAGUCCCGAGCUGGCGGUGGACCCGUUCCACAUCAAGCAGGGGCGACACCCGAAGGACGGCACGCUGCGGUACGUCAUUGAGAACGCGCUGCUGAACUUCCGCGCCUACUUCAUCUCGGACAUCAUCGAUUCAAACUGCGUCGGCGUGCUGGAGCUGGUGGCGUACGAGAAGGAUCCCGACUCCAAGGCAACGGUACGCGUCGUGGGCUGUGGCUGGACGCUCCUGCCGCUGUUCGCUCGUCAACAACCAGUGCAGUCCGGCACGAAGGACGAGCCCAGCGCCGUGCCGUCAGCCUUCUCCUUGAACACCAGCGGUGACUCUGUCGGUGUCUUCACUGGAAGUCCGCGCGCGCUGUGGGAACUGAAUCCGGACACUUGGAGUGCGCAGGACAAGCACGAGGGAUGCAAGUUCUACUACCAGCUAGUGCAGUACGAGCCCAUGAUGGCGAUCGCCAUGUUCUUGCGGAAGAACGAGCUCGUGGGCGCCCUGGACCCGAUCCCCGGCUUGAAGAACGGCAACCUGGCCAACAUCGACAUGGGCAAGAACCCCAAGAUGCUGCUCCUCGAAGAGGCCGACUCGACGUACGAAGAAACGCUGGCGUCGUUCGUGAAGAUCGCCUCGCUUGUCCCCAAGUCCGUGCAGGUGGAGGAGCCGUUCGAACUGAACGUCGUUGCCACUCGCGUGGUGAUCAAUCUGCGCGACGAGAUCGAAGCGAACUUGGUGGCUCGACUACGGAUCAGCCGCAAAGCGAUCCACAAAGGCGCUGUCAGCGUCGAAGGAGAGGUCUCCGCUCGAGUGUUGAAGAUCGCACUGCACAACGGACGCUGCUUCAGGACGCGGCAAUUCACAGUACCCCUCAAGGCUGACCCGAACGGAGGAGACACGCUACUGUGCGUACGCAACCACUCGAAGCUUCGCGGCUUCGUGUUCCACCCGAACAUGGCGAUCGUCGUUGUGCUGCAGUACACGGUUCACUUCCGGGUCAUCUGGCCGUCGAAGCUCAAGCAGCAAGCUCUUGAAGCCAAGAAGCCUCCUUUACCAGAGGAAGACGUGGUCUUAGUGACGAUGGGGGCACGCGCGCUGGUUCCGAGCGAUGGCAAGAAGCUGUACUUGUUCGACAAGCAUCACCACGCCACCGCCAUCUCCGCUGAGCCCCUUACUACGCUAGGAGGAGUGCUGCUGCAAGAGCAGGAGGAGCAUCGCCGCGUUCUCCACGUAGACCUGUUAUCAGGAGCGGCUUGUCGACCGUACUCGGACAACACGUUGUACACCCCGCCGGAUCAAGUGACGAGGUCGCUGCAGAACCGUGAGCCAUCAGCGAAGGACUCGUUCGCGUUUUGCGACCUGAAGAUCACAAUUGAUGAGGAGAUUCCGGCACUAGGACCCCCACCCGCAGUCGACGAAAGCAACCAGACCAACCACGACGAGGAAGAAUGUGCGGCGGAUCAGUGGGCGAGGAAGCUGCUCGGCAAAGCAAACAGCAACCCGGUGCUAGCCCAAACGCUCAACGCAUUGGCCACCUCCCCCACUGCGAAGGACAGACCUGCGAGCCCGCCGCCGAGAACACCGUCGCCUACCAAGAAGCAUCAAGUGGAGCGGCCUGCUGACCCGACGACUCUCGUUCCUGACGCUCCAACGUCGGAACUCAGUCGUGCUUCAAAGACGCUGCUCACCCGCUACGGCUACAUCGAGUCUCAUGACAAGCCGCCUUCGUCUCCUACGAACAACCAAAAGGACCACGACAAACGGAAGAAGCCGAAGAAGGUUGAGCUCAUUGCCAAGUCCAUUGAGACGGAGGUGAAGGACCUGUUCAAGGCCAACGAGAUCAGGUUCCACUUCGCUGCCUAUCGUGCGUGUAGCCCCGGCGCGGAAAUGAAGGCGGGGAUGACCUGCAGUCCAGCUCCUGCUCGCGUGUACUUCACCUUCCAGUUCUACAACUUUUCACCCACGCGGACGGAGACGCUGCGCCUCAGCAAGGCAUUCGACAACGGAGCAGGCGGAGAGAUCCAAACCUUCUUGCUGAUGCGAGACACCACAGCCAACAAGCCGUCGCUGGCCAUUCAGUUCGACGUGGACACGACCUCGACGAUGAAUCCGCUCGAGACGCGCCGCUUUGCAGAGUACCUCAAGUGGAACAACAUGUACGUGGAUGUGUGGGACGCUGAUAGCCUCUUCCAGCUCGGAACGUUUGCCAUCCCCCUCCACGAGCUGCUUCGUCAAGGAAACAGCGUCAAGAAAUUCCAAGCGGAGGUGGAGAUAACGCCACCAUUAGGGGGCACCCUCUCACCAGACUAUACUGGAGAUGACGAAGGUAGUGCAGUUUGCACCGUCCCCGACUCGAGGAGCGGAGGUGACAGUCCAAGUAUCGGAAGGAUCCAGCUUCUGAUGAGGGAACAGCCGCGUAAGCCCAAGCACCGCGUUCGUGCGCGGACGCUAGUGGAGUCGAAUCCUGAGCUCUAUCGCCUUCUCUCGCAGGAAGGUUUCUAUGGCGAGCACACUAUGAAGGAGCUUCGAGAGCGAAAGGAGUCGCAACCUCUUCAGCGUAAAGGGACCGCAGCGGUGAACACACUCACGCCCAAGGAGAUCGCCAUCCUAUGCGAGCUCUUCGGAUCACGCAAGGCUGCGUCUAGUUCGACUGGGAAUCGGCCGACGCGCAUCAAGUGCGACGUGGAAGGGAAGACAGGCUUGCUGGUGCUGCUCUCUCUUAAGCCGUCAGAAGCCCCGGCCCCCCAGCCGAGCGAGUCUACGUCUGACCACGCUCAGCGUCUGAAGCGUGUGCUGGCAAUCGCGACGAAGAACCAACUCGCGCUUGCGGAUGCGUUCGCGCUGUUCGACGCUAACAAGGACGGCUUCCUGUCGAGGGAUGAGUUCAUCAAAGCCAUGCGCUCGCUGGGGACUGUGUUUGCUGAUCUGUCGGACGAUGAUCUCGGGCUGCUGCCAGACUUGCUGGACAAGAACAAGGACGGCAAGAACAUUCGCACGGACGUGAUGCCGUUGAUGUCAUACUUUGGCUUUGUGGAGGAAGGAGGGGAUGUGGAUGUCAAAGAAUUGUGUGCGUUGCGACUACGAACGCUCCUGGUUAAGGCUAAAGACCAGGGGGUUGACUUGAAGAAGAGUUUCGCGCAUUUCGAUGCUAAUGGAGAUGGGGAGAUCACGCGCAGCGAGCUUAAAGCUGGUUUGGUCGCUCUCGGAUGCUUCAAAGAGAUGGAUGAUGGAGACUUUGACUCGCUGAUGGAGCAGCUCGAUGAAGACGGCAAACUGAUGGUCAAGCUGAAGACGCUAAUGGAGAAGGCAGUCGAGAAAGGGGUCUCUAUCGACGCUUGCUUCGCUCACUUCGACAAAGACGGCGACGGGAUGAUCAAGAAGGAGGAGUUCGUGACGGCGAUGACGGAGCUGGGACUUGGAGUUGACAGCGCCGUGAUCAAUGGGGUUAUAAAGUUGCUCGAUGGCAAUGGCAAUGGGACCAUCUCGCUCUCAGAGUUCAAGCAGCUCUUCCCAGCAACAUCAGCACCGGCUGGUGGCGUCGAUGUGAAGAAAUGCUUCGCCCAUUUUGACAGUGACAGCAGUGGAGUCAUCUCUAAGGAUGAGUUUGUCGCUGCAAUCAAGCAGCUCCCUGGCUUUGAGAACGUGCCCGACGAAGACACUCUUGCGAUUGUUAAGACGCUCGAUAAGGAUGGCAGUGGGAGUGUGUCGCUGGAAGAGUUUGACGCUUUUCUGAGGGCAUCACCGCCCUCACUCAGCAAACCGGCAUCUGAAGGGCUUGCGAAGCUAAAGAAGCUGUUGCAGACGGCGACGGAGAAGGGAGUGGCAGUCCAGCAGUCUUUCAACCAUUUCGAUAAGGAGACCAAGAGGGUCCUCUCGUACGAUCAGUUUGCGACAGGGCUGCGAGAACUUGGUCCAGACUUCGCAAACCUUUCGGACGACGACAUCAUCGCGAUGGCCAAGUCACUCGACGGCAAACAGCAAAAUGCUCUUCCUCCUUCACCGGGACCUACCCCAAGAGAGCCACAAGAUCAAAGGGGGAGUGCAGCAAGCCUCGACUGCAGCUACACGUUCAGCAGCAACCCCGAGAUCCGAGCUGUCGAGCUGAAACUUCGGCAAACGGCGCUAGACGCUUAUCAGCGCGGCAUUCUACCGUUGCGGGUGGUCGCCAAGUUCCUGGAGGAUGCAGACGAUCGUCGUGGUCGAGUCCCUGGCGGUCGCGAGCGCUCUAGUAAAAAGCGCAGCGAACUGCUGCGUGUCGAGUUUCUUCAGGUGUUGAUGGAGCUGGGGUUCACGUUGCUGUCGGAUCAGAGCGAGGAUGACGUCGAAGCAGGAGCUGGUGGAGGAAUGGUCAAGCCCGUGACGAAGAUGAACGAUCACCUGUACGCGCGUCAGCUUGAGCGCUUGGCGCGAUACCGGCAGCACGUUAAGAGCGACGAAGCCAAGGCGCACAAGCAGCUUGUCCGAGCUGUGUCCAAGACGAAGCAGUACCAGCAGCGCGGCAGACAGCAAGGAGAAGACAGCUUACGCCGGUUCCAAGAGGAGAAGAACCAGCUACUGCGCGUGCUCUCGUACUACCGCGACGGCCACAAGAAGUCGCUCGUGUACUCGCUGCUUCGCCAGCAGGUGACGACCUCGCUCACGCUGUUCCCGUCCUUCGGAGACCUGCUCUUCUUCGAGCUGCCGUUCGUGAACCCGUACAACCACAACGACCGCUUCCGUAUCGAGCUGCUGCUGCCGUCGUCCAGAGAGAUCGCAGUGGUUCUGGACCUGGAGAUCGUGCGCAGUAGCGAGGAGUGGGCGUUCUACCGUGAAAACCUCCCGUUAGCGUACGGCUUCGCGGCAUCUAGCGCUGAAGUGGAGGAAGAAAUGAUCGACGACCACGAUGAGGUCGUCAUGGACUCGCACGACCAGCUCCACAUCCCCAUGCGUCUGCGUUGGCUCGACACCAGCGACAGCUUUACGCGAGUUCAGAAGACCGAGCCUGGCAAGAAGAAGUCGACGAUUCCGGUCUCGGUGGUCAUCAAGAGCUGCUCGCACGGCCACACGGUAGCGCUCUUCAACAUGGAGCUGCAGCCGCAGCCGUUCGCUUGUCACCGCGUGCUCCGCUUCUCCCACCCGGCAUUGUCGAUCUGGCGCUGGAAGCUGCGAUAUCCGCGCGGCAAGUUCGUCGUGUGCAUGGACCCGAGCGUGGCGAUGGAGCUGCUGCGUAGCGGCGAGGACGAAGCCAACAACAGUGGCCUCGUGAGCUUCAAGUGCCGCGUGGGGGAGUACCCCGCGCUCGAGACCUUCUUCGUCGUGCUGUACGACGACAAGUACUACGCGCGCGUGUUCGAGGUGUGGCAGAUCCGCAUCCAGUCCAAGCUGCGCGUGGAUGUGCACGCGGUUCUCGGCCAGAGCGUGCGCCACGAGCUCGUGAUCAAGGGCGACGGAGGUUUAUCGACUCAAGACGCUGGCGCCAAGCGCCGAGUCAUGUGCUUCACGCCGAUGCAGCACCACAGUCUCGUGCAGUUCCGUCCUGGCCACGUGUUUGCUCUGGUGCCGCAGGCCUUCAACCGCAUCGAGUUCGCCUUCUGCGCCGUGGAGAAUGCCGCAGCCACGCACUUGGUGGUGCUCGUGAACCUCGUGGACGUGGACACCCACGAACUCGUCGGAGCUUGGAGUGUCCACGUGACGCUGGCGCUGCCUAUCAUCACCAAGACGUACGAGCUGCGGCUGCCCGUCGGCCGCGCCGCGCAGAAGAAGAUCUCGUACUCGAACCCUUGGGACCAGCCGCAGACCAUCAUGCUGCGCUCGAGCGCGCCGACGCUGCUGGUGCCUCGCGAGCCCGUGCUGCAGCUGCCCAGCAACGGCCAGGCCUUCCUGCGUCUCGCCUUCGUCGCUCGAGACUACUCAGCUGCGGCAGCUGAAGACAUCUACCUCUUCAUCAACGACAAGCGCACCGACCAGAACGAGGAGUGCUUGCUCUUCCAGGUCACGUACGAAUGA